AAGAGAAGAUGAAGGUGGUGAUGAGUGUGAAUUGGGUUGAAAAUUAAGAAAGAAAAUGAGAAUAUAAAAUGAAAAGGAAGGACAAAAUGAUCAGGGAAAGACUUAGUUUUACUUGUUAGUUACCAGAUUUCUUUGCCAUUGUGAGUUUGUUACUAAGGCCGCCUCCACUCAGUCCUUUGCCUUUCGCGGCCAGCUUCACCUUGGCAGUAUGAAAUGGCUAUGGAGUUUCAUCGGGGGCUUUGUCGCCUACAGAUUUUUAAAAAUGCUGCAUGAAUACUCUACAAGGAAGGAAAGGGAGGAGGCGUGGAGGAUGAUGGCAGAGGGUAGAAAUGAAGAAGCUAAGGAGAUGCGGCAUAGAAACUCUACGUUGAAGACGAACGACACACCAGAUUGGGACACAAUAAAUUGGGCAGAGGUAGACGACACACGAGAUUUGGCGAAGAUAGUCUUGUCGAGGGUCAUAGAGAAAGUCUAUGUUGUGCGCAUUCAAGAACCAACAGUUUUCGUUGGAGUUGAAGAAGAUGUCCAGUGGAUCCAAAGAAAGUUGAUGCGUGCUCGGGUUGAACCUGAAUAUUCCCCAGAGGAAUUAACGGACGUUGCCUAUGAUUUUGAAGAUGUGAUUGAUGACCUUAUGCUCAGAUCACCCGCCAAGCAAAGGAGAUUAGGAAAUUGCGAGAGGUGCCUUUUGAUCAUCAGAAUUCAUAAGAAGCUGGAAUUGAUGAAGUCUAAGAUCCCUGCUCUUCCUUGUCUCCCGAUCGCAAUAGCAUCAGGUGCCAACCAUGGUAACUACUUUGAAGAAAGGGUCUGGUCAGACAUAUUCUUGAUACAGGAUCGGAGUGUGGCAAACACAAUUGUUUCCCCAGUGGAACAGAAGGUAUCAGCUCUGCUAGCUCAGGAGGUAAUUCAUCCCCAUACUAAGAAGAAAGUCAUGCGGGUGCUAGACAAAUUCAGGUCUCUGAAUGAUUUUCUGACAGGCUUACAAUCAGUGGAAUUAGACUCUUGCAAUAUGGUUUGGAUGGAGGAGUUGUCCCAUGUUGCCCUGUCUGCUGUGACUGCCAUUGAGUACUUCAUCAAUAAAAAAGAAGAGUUCACAAAAAGAAGUUGGAUGAGACCUUCAAGGGGAUUUCUUUUUGCUUUUGGCAAAUUGAAAUCUGAGGAUAAGCUUGCUGUGGAGAUGGACAAAAUAUAUGCUAAGAUCCAGAACCUCUCUAUGCACAGACCAACAGAAUUCAGUAGACAAAGUCAAAGUAGGGACACAGAGUCCACCGUGCUAAUCUCACCACAGCCAACAACGCAAGAACCUAAUCUCCCCAGCUUCACUGAUGAUGUACAUGCGAUGGUAAAACGGUUGCUUACAGAUGACAAGAGUUUCAGAGUGAUUCCAAUAAUGGGUAUGGAAGGCAUUGGAAAGACAACCCUUGCAAAGUUGAUCUUUAACAAUAAAGAUGUUCUAAACCAUUUUCCUUUUGGUGUUUGGACGUCUGAUGGCUAUGAAUUUCACCUACGUGACAAGGAGAAAUUGAUGGACUCCAACCUAAGUCAACUAGGAGAUGUGUGGAAUUAUCAUGUUGAGUUACAACGGCUGAAAGCUUUCUUAAUUGAUAAAAGGUCUCUUAUAGUUCUGGAUGAUACUCAUAUCCCAUUCUUAGAGCAUGUGUUAAGAAUACUUGCAGAAUCAUCAAACGGAAGUAGAAUGAUUUUGACUACUCACAAAAUCAGUUUACCACCAAAUUUCCAAACGAUGAGUGAUCCUCACCUACUGCGAUUACGAGGAGAUGAGGAGAGUUGGGCAUUGUUUACGCAUGCUUUGAAAAAGAGCAUACUCCCGGAAUUGCUAAAGCUGAAAGACAAAAUUGUAAGAAGAUGUGGGGGUCUGCCACUGCUGAUUGUAAAAUUGGCAGAAGCACUCUCACACAAGGAUGCAACCAUUGAAGAGUGGUCCACUGUACUUCAACAGUUUCAUCAUGACCAACAGCAACUUUGGUCCAACACCCUCUAUAAGAUCCAUAAGGAUUUGUCCUUGUACAUGAGGAGAUGUCUAUUUUAUUUCACUUUAUUUCCUAAGGAUUUUGAUAUUCCAGCAAGAAGAUUGAUGGCACUGUGGGUUGCAGAGGAUUUGGUCCAGCCAGAGGGCGAGAAUGAAACUCCAGAAGACGUUGCAGAGAGGUGUCUGAAUAUGUUGAUAGCCCAGGGAAUGGUUCAAGUGACAAAGAAGAAGCUUAAUGGGGAUGUUAAAAUGGUGCGAUUGCCGGAUGCCCUAAGACAGUAUUGGUUAUCCAAAGCUCAACAAGCCACAUUUCUUGGAAUUCAUACUGACACAAGAUCUGAGUUAUCCCUAGGCACCAGCAGGAUCCGUCGUCUUGUUGAUCAUCUUGACAAAGAAGAUGUAAGCUUUGAUCAUAUUCAUGGUGAUUACAACACAACUUCUACUUCUUUGCCACCUUACUAUCAAGAUGCGCUUUCUUUUAUGUCCUUUGAUACUCGAAAAGAAAGCAAACCAGGAGAAGACGUGGGAAACUUUCUUCGUCAAAGCAUAUCCAGUGGUUGCUUCCUAGUACUGCUCGUGCUUGAUCUUGAAAAUGUCUUCAGACCUAAGUUACCUGAGGCAAUUGGCAAACUAACUCGACUAAGGUACUUUGGCUUAAGAUCUACAUUUCUCGAGAUACUCCCAUCAUCUAUAAGCAAGUUGCAGAAUGUUCAAACACUGGACAUGAAGCAUACUAGCAUCAACACUCUGCCUGAUUCAAUCUGGAAGCUACAACAACUGCGGCACUUAUACUUGAGUGAGAGCUACCGAAGUAAACUUAUGCUUGGACAGGGUACAAAUUUUCCUACAAUCCUCCAGACAUUGUGUGGGCUAUUUUUAGAUGAGGAGACCCCGGUAAGAGAUGGCCUAGACAGGUUACUCAGUAUUAGGAAAUUGGGAUUAACAAUGUCAUCUAAACAAGAGGCAAUGUCAUUUCAACUGCAGGCAGUAGUUGACUGGGUUCUGAAACUGAACCAACUCCGGUCUUUAAGGCUCAAAUCUAUUGAUCAAAACAAUCAGCCAUGGGAUCUAGAAUUGAAGCCUUUAGUAAGCCUUGUGAAUCUUUCUUACAUUUACUUGCUCGGACGGUUAAGGAAUCCAUCUGUUAUGUCCCAAUUCCCAUACAGCCUCAUCGACCUCACCUUAUCAGCUUCAGGACUUGUAGAAGAUCCAAUGCGGUUAUUGGAUAAGCUUCCCAAUCUUAGAAGUCUUAAAUUGCUUGCCAAAUCUUAUUUAGGGAAAAGCAUGCUUUGCUCUUUUGGAAGCUUUCCUCAGCUUCGAGUUCUUAAACUAUGGAAGUUAGAGCAACUGGAGGAAUUAAAUGUAGAGAAAGGAGCACUACAAGCUCUCCGAGAUUUGGAGGUUAGGUUCUGCAGAAGUCUGAAAAUUCUUCCUGCAGAAUUGCUGCAUAGAACUCUCUUGAAAAUUGAAGUUCUACCUGCCCAGGCGUGAGAAGCUAUGCGAGAAGGUUCUGGUCUACUUCGUGUUGGGCUUUGCUUUCCAUUUCAAUGUUUUUGCUGUUGGAGCAGAUAUUCAAAUACUCAUGAGGGCAGUUCUCAGUUGCAACAAUUUAUAGAGCUCAUUUCGAAUUGGGUUUCCAUCCCUUCUGCUCAUUAUUCUGUUCUACCAUUGAUGAUAAGUUCUUGUCUUUCAAACCUUAAAUGUAUGCUGUAGUGUACUUGUUAGUAGAUUCUGUGAGUUGUGUGUGUGAACCGUAGAAUCAGGGCAUCAUGAACACAAUGGUGUUGUGGGUGUGAAUGCUAUAGAAUUUUGCUUUGUGAUUGUAUUUGGAUUGAAUAGAGUACUUUCUUCUUUCAGUUGAUGAUGUUUAUUGGAUAGAAUUUAACUA